GAUCACAUCCGACGACCCAUGAACGCCUUCAUGGUCUGGUCCCGAGCCCAGCGCAGGAAAAUCGCACUCGAGAACCCGAAGAUGCACAACAGCGAGAUAUCGAGGAGACUCGGCGGUGAGUGGAAAGCCCUCCCGAACGAGGAGAGGAAACCUUUCAUCGACGAAGCGAAGCGACUUCGCGAGCAGCACAUGCGCGACCAUCCCGAGUACAAGUACCGUCCUCGACGGAAACCGAAGCCCGCGUCGCCGGCCAUGUCCCCCGUAGCGCCUCCGACAACGAUGGGUCAGAGCUUCGCGUCAUCGCUCAACUAUCCCCAGCUGAAGGAUAAAGAGGUCAACUAUCCUUUCCAACUUCCGUACAUGGGAUACAUGGGAGCUCAGAAUUCCCCGCAGCCUGUUCGAACUCCCGAGUCCGCAUAUUCUUCUUGCGAUGACCUGCCGAAGGAGUCCUCGGUCUCCCCGCCCCCGCUGUCGGGACCCCAGUUCAGGGAGCAGAAAGUCGACCCUUCGCUGUACCAGUUUUACCAGCAGAAUUUGCCCAUGGGCUACGGCUAUCCCAUGGGGGGCAUGUACCCGUCGUACGACUACACCGCCUGA